AUGCCUUCAGAUGUCCCUAACGUCAUCUUUUCUCUCCCUACCGUUCUCCUGAAUAUUAUCAUCGUCACCCCCAGUGUUCUCACUAACGUUGCCAUGGCUACGCCUUUUGAUGUCCUUAAAGUCAUCGUCGAUGUCCCAAGCGGUUUUUUCUUAAACAUUGCCAUCGCAAUACCUACCGUUCGCCUUAACAUCGUCAUUGUCAUGAAGGGGCUGCGAUACGUAAAGAUAGAUGCGACAUUCCACACUCCCUACCCGUGGCGGAAUGUGUUUCGCAGGAGAGCUGAGAAAACUACCGAAACAGUUACAGGAACAGAGAAACGCCAAAACACAUCAGAAACAGUUACAGAAACAAAGGAACGCCAAACACAUGAGAAACAAUUACAGGAACAGAGACGCCAAACACAUGAGAAACAAUUACAGGAACAGAGAGACGCCAAAACACAUCAGAAACAGUUACAGGAACAGAGAGACACCAAACACAUCAGAAAUAUUACAGGAACAGAGAGACGCCAAAACACAUCAGAAACAGUUACAGGAACAGAGAGACGCCAAAACACAUCAGAAACAGUUACAGGAACAGAGGAACGCCAAACACAUCAGAAACAGUUACAGGAACAGAGAGACGUCAAACACAUCAGAAACACUUACAUGAACAGAGAGACGUCAAACACAUCAGAAACAGUUACAGGAACAGAGAGACGCCAGAACACAUCAGAAACAGUUACAGGAACAGAGAGACGCCAAACACAUGAGAAACACUUACAGGAACAGAGAGACGCCAAACACAUCAGAAACACUUACAGGAACAGAGAGACGUCAAACACAUCAGAAACAGUUACAGGAACAGAGAGACGCCAGAACACAUCAGAAACAGUUACAGGAACAGAGAGACGCCAAACACAUGAGAAACACUUACAGGAACAGAGAGACGCCAAAACACAUCAGAAACACUUACAGGAACAGAGAGACGCCAAACACAUGAGAAACACUUACAGGAACAGAGAGACGCCAAACACAUCAGAAACACUUACAGGAACAGAGAGACGCCAAAACACAUCAGAAACAGUUACAGGAACAGAGGAACGCCAAACACAUCAGAAACAGUUACAGGAACAGAGAGAGGCCAGAACACAUCAGAAACAAUUACAUGAACAGAGAGACGUCAAACACAUCAGAAACAGUUACAGGAACAGAGAGACGCCAGAACACAUCAGAAACAGUUACAGGAACAGAGAGACACCAAACACAUCAGAAAUAGUUACAGGAUCAGAGAGACGCCUAACACAUCAGAAACAGCUACAGGAACAGAGAGACGCCAAAACACAUCAGAAACAGUUACAGAUAGAGAGACGUCAAAACACAUCAGAAACAAGAGACGUCAAAACACAUGAGAAACAGUUACAGGAACAGAGAGACGCCAAAACACAUCAGAAACAGUUACAGGAACAGAGAGACGCCAAAACACAUCAGAAAAACUUACAGGAACAGAGAGACGCCAAACACAUGAGAAACAUUACAGGAACAGAGAGACGCCAAAACACAUCAGAAACAGUUACAGGAACAGAGAGACGCCAAACACAUGAGAAACAGUUACAGGAACAGAGAGACGCCAAAACACAUGAGAAACAGUUACAGGAACAGAGAGACGCCAAAACACAUCAGAAACAGUUACAGGUAGAGAGACGCCAAAACACAUCAGAAACAGUUACAGGAACAGAGAGAUGCCAAAACACAUCAGAAACAGUUACAGGAACAGAGGAAUGCCAAACACAUGAGAAACAGUUACAUGUACAGAGAGACGCCAAAACACAUCAGAAACAAUUACAGGAACAGAGAGACGCCAAACACAUGAGAAACAGUUACAGGAAUAGAGGGACGCCAAACACAUCAGAAAAACUAACAGGGACAGAGAGACGCCAAACACAUGAGAAACAGUUACAUGAACAGAGAGACGCCAAACACAUCAGAAACAGUUACAUGAACAGAGAGACGCCAAACACAUCAGAAACAGUUACAGGAACAGAGAGACGCCAAACACAUGAGAAACAGUUACAGGAACAGAGGGAUGCAAAAACAGAGCAGAAACAUGAUAGUAAGAACGUUACUGUUGUUUACAUCUACCUGUAUCAUUCCCCAGAUGGCAACAUAGCCAUCAUUUCCAUACCGCUGUUUGUUCUUGCACACAAAGCACUUGCAUCUGAUGUCUUUGACACUUCGGUCAAGGUCAUCACCGUGUACUAA